AUGUCUAGCAUCCCACAAGUUGCUGUGAAGGAGAACGGCGUAGUGUCAUUUCCCUAUCCGAUGCUAAGCCCUCACAAUUAUAUUGUGUGGGCAAUAAAGACAGAGGUGAUCCUUGAUGCCCAGGGAGUUUGGGAGGAGGUGGAGUCAGUGGAAGGAGCCCAGGUGGAUGCAAAGAAGGAUAAAAAGGCACAUGCAUACAUCUUGCAGUGUGCCCCCGAAGACAUACUUCUCCAGAUCGCAAAAAGGAAGACGGCGAAGGAAGUCUGGGACAACCUCAAGACGAGGUACCUUGGAAGUGAUCGAGUUAAGAAGGCACGCGUACAAACGCUGAAGAGCGAGUUUGACGCCCUCCGGAUGAAGGAGACCGAUACGAUUGAUGAGUUUGCUGGCAAACUCAGCGCUAUGAGCAGCAAGUUCUCCGCUCUUGGUGCCACGCUUGAAGAUUCAUCUUUGGUAAAGAAGUUACUUGAUUCUGUCCCUGAUAAGUUUUUCCCUAUUGUAGCCGGCAUUGAGCAGUUUCACGAUCUUGAGACGAUACCAUUUGAGGAGACUAUUGGGCGACUGAAAGCGUACCAAGAACGAACACUACGUCUACGCGGCAACACCAACAGCACUGAAGGUGAGCUCCUACUUACUCAUGCCGAAUGGCAAAUGCGACAGAAGGGGGGAAACGUGGACACUUCGUCAGGAGGCAAGGGGCGUGGAUCCAGCAACCCUAGUCGUAGCAAAUGGCGUGGGCAUAGGCGAGGGCGCGGUCGUGGCCGUGGUACGCCGAGCCAAGACAGUGCAGGAGGCACUAGCAGCAACGGCAGAGGCACUCGUGACAAGAGUCGUAUAAAGUGCUUCACUUGUGAGAAAAUGGGGCAUUAUGCGUCCGAAUGCUACAACAAGCGUCGUGAUGAUGAGACUCACCUCACUUGCGCCACCGAUGAAGAGCCAGCACUGAUGAUGACCGUGCCCCACGAGGAGUCUGACACUAGGCGUGAGCGACAGGAUACCAUUCUGCUCAGUGAAGAUAGGUUGCUACCGGAGAUGUACCGCGACAUUAAUAAAGGAGAUAAAGACGUCUGGUACCUUGACAACGAAACUGGGAACGAGGUGUACAUGGAAAAAGAUAUCAUGAAGGUGAUUGAUAGGAGCGGGAAGCUCUUGAUGCUGCUGUUAGGGGAGAAGAAAUUGGCAGUUGAUGUGCCUCCAUUGCCCCAGCCGAACAAGCUUUGCGAGGUGUGUGUGAUCGCCAAGCAUGCAAGGUCGCUUUUCCCGUGUCAAGCAAACUUUAGAGCAAAGAAACCGUUGGAACUUCUCCAUGCUGAUAUUUGCGGACCAAUUUCACCAUAUACACUAGCCGGUAACAAGUACUUUCUUCUAAUUGUUGAUGACUUCACAAGGUGGAUGUGGGUGUUUAUAUUGGCAGCAAAGAAUGAUGCAUUCCGAGCAUUCAAGAAGUUCAAAUUCUUGACAGAGAACAAGACUGAAUAUAAGAUCAAAACACUCCGAACAGACCGGGGCGGCGAGUUUCUAUCCACGGAAUUCACUCAGUUCUGUGAAGAUGAAGGAAUCGAGUGA